AUGGCGAGCGCCUUCAAGUCCUUCCUGAAAGCUGCGCAACAGACCAUCUCCGGCACAACAAGUCCAACUCCUGCAGAGGCCCCAGCUUGGGACAAGCUCUUCCCAAAGGUAGAUCCAACCGUAGAUGGCGAGGACUGCGACCAUGAUUGCACUUCCUGUGUGGUGAAAUGGCCGAAGGGAUUCAAGAUCGACGAGGACGAUGAGCUUUAUGGGCAUGUGAAGGCGUGGAGUACGCAUGUCUUGGUAGCAACUGGGAAGACGGAUUGGGUGAGGGAUGUUGCGGACGAGAAGGGGAGUCUGAUGGAGGCCAUUGGGACGAAGGCGAGCGUGAAGAUCAGCAAUGGUAAACUCAUGCUCUCCGCCUCAAACAUACCCACACCAAACCACUCUUGCGACUAUGCAGAACCGACCACAGUCCUCCUCCUGCCCGCCUUCCUAAUUAUCGAGAAUGUCCACCCUAAGAGCGUGGACACCCUGAUCUCAGAUUACAUCAACAAAGCCCCUACCAACACGACACCACUUGGUCCAUUCUCUAUACCCGCACCUCUUCAAGAUCCUCUUCCUACUGCCGAGCAAAUCACUUCCAGACCCUCACCCCACCGUGCUCUCAUCCUCCUCUGCUCGCAAAAGACCCGAGAUGCAAGGUGUGGGCAAUCAGCACCCCUGUUACGGAAAGAAUUGGAGAGACAUCUGCGGGUAUGUGGCUUGUACAGGGACCUGGACGACGAGAGACCCGGUGGAGUUGGCAUCUACUUCAUUUCGCAUGUUGGUGGUCAUAAAUACUCGGCCAAUGUUAUGAUAUACCGGAAAGCGGAUGCGUUUGGGCUUGAUAAGGUUGAGCGGGGGAAGCUGGCUGGAGAGGUGUGCCCGCCGCCUUCGAAGCCUGCGAUUGAUGAGGUUCAGGAGGGUGCUGCUCAAUGUAUAUGGAUUGCUAGGGUACGACCAGAAGAUUGCGAGGGGAUUGUGAAGUACACGGUGUUACAGGGCAAGUUGAUUAAGCCUGGAAGCCAGUUGAGAGGUGGAUUCGACAGACAGAGAGGUGUUUUCUCGUGGUAA